AUGUCUACCCCAAGCCCUCUAGUCUUAGAACUUGCAACUCUCAAUGACCUUCCGGCCAUUACAGAGCUAUGGUUCACCGUGUUCAGCGAUCCCGGGAUGCGUAAGCUAUUCCCAGACACGCCAGGGACGCGCGAAUGGUUCACCGAAGCCAACCGCAUCGACAUGCUCACAAAGCCGUAUCAAAAAUACAUCAAAAUCAUCGAUCCCAAUACCAAAGAUGCGCAAGGGCAGGCACGGAUAGCCGCGUACGCAAAAUGGGACCUGGCCAUGCCCGACGAGCGCGGGGCUAGGUUCCCGUCUUGGCACGGGGACAUGCCUGGCCAAGAUUGUGAUGUUUUCUUUGGGGGACUGGAGAAAGAGCGCAAGCGUGUGAUGGGUGAUCGGAAGCAUUACUACCUUGAUAUGCUUGGUACACAUCCCGACUACCGCUGUCGCGGGGCCGGCUCUAUGCUUGUUCGCUGGGGGUGCGAGAUCGUGGACCGUGAGGGCGUUGGAGCAUACAUCGAUGCUAGCAAGGCUGGUGCCCCGCUGUAUGCGAAACAUGGGUUUGUGGAUCGCAGUGACGUCGAUGGACCAAGUGAGGUGGUUCCGAUGGCUCGGGGAUAG